UGUGCCUAAAGGCCAGGGGGAAAAGGUUCAUAAACAGAGGCUGUGGCUUCACAGGAGAUAAAUGCUCUCAGGGCAGGCUGGGAGACACAAUGGAUCUCUUGCCAAACUUUUCUUUUGUCACUUGGCUGUUCCUCAUCAUCUUCCUUAGCCUUCUGGUCCUCUAUGGGAUAUGGCCUUUCCAGACCUUCAAGAAGCUGGGCAUUCCCGGCCCACGGCCUCUGCCAUUUUUGGGAACUUUCCUGGCGUACCGGCAUGGAGUCCUGAAUUUCGAUCAGCUAUGCUUUGAAAAGUAUGGCAAAAUCUGGGGGAUUUUUGAUGGCAGGCAGCCUGUGCUGGCCGUUUUGGACCCCGUCCUCAUCAAAAACAUCCUGGUGAAAGAGUGCUAUACCAUUUUCACCAAUCGCCGGAACUUCGGUCUCAACGGGAUCCUGGAGUCAGCCCUCUUCAACGCUGAAGAUGAGACAUGGAAAAGGAUUCGUACUGUGCUGUCCCCAACCUUCACCAGCGGGAAGCUGAAGGAGAUGUUCCCUAUCAUUAAUCACUAUGGUGAAAAACUAGUGAAAAACAUUGAGAAGAAAGUGGCUAAUGAUGAGUUCGUGGCCAUGAAGGACAUUUUUGGAGCCUACAGCAUGGACGUGGUGGCCAGCACUUCCUUCAGUGUGAAUAUUGACUCCAUGAGCAACCCCAAUGACCCCUUUGUCACCAACAUUAAGAAAUUUCUCAAAUUCAGUUUCCUAGACCCCAAGUUCAUAUUCUUAGUGCUGUUUCCCUUCGUUAUCCCAGUGCUGGAAAGGAUGAAUGUCUCUCUCUUACCCUCAGAGAUCACGAACUUUUUCAGCAGCGUCUUCCUAAAAAUGAAGAAGGAACGGGAAAAGGGCGGCAGCACGGACCGGGUGGAUUUCCUGCAGCUCAUGGUUGACUCGCAGAGCUCACAUGACAGCUCCAAGUCUGCCGAGACCAACCUGUACAAAUCAUUAAGUGAUGAGGAGAUUCUGGCCCAAGCUCUUAUCUUCGUCUUCGCCGGUUACGAGACCAGCAGCUCCACUCUCAGUUACAUAUCAUAUAACCUGGCCACCCACCCUGACGUGCAGCAGCGACUGCAGGAGGAGAUCGAUGCGAACCUGCCCAACAAGGCUGCUCCCAUGUACAACACCAUCAUGCAGAUGGAGUACCUCGAUAUGGUGGUGAAUGAAUCCCUCCGGCUCUUCCCCCCCGUGGGCCGGAUUGAGAGGGUCUGCAAAAAGACAGUAGAGCUCAACAGUGUGACUAUCCCAAAGGGCAUGGUGGUCCUGAUCCCCGUCUAUGUGCUGCAUCGUGACCCGGGAUACUGGCCGGAGCCGGAGGAGUUCAGGCCUGAGAGGUUCAGCAAAGAGAGCAAAGUGUCUAUUGACCCCUACACCUUCCUGCCGUUUGGGGCUGGCCCCAGGAACUGCAUAGGAAUGAGGUUUGCUCUCCUCAUGGUGAAAGUUGCUGUGGUCGUCCUGUUGCAAAACUUCUCAUUCAGAACCUGCAAAGACACUCCGAUCCCUCUGGUUCUGGAUACAAAAGGUAUCAUGCAACCGAAGAAGCCCAUCAUCCUGAAGAUGGUCCCCAGAGCCCACACUGACCUGGAGAAGUGAAGGAAGCAGGAAGAGCUCAGAGACUUUUGUUUGAUGAUGCCUCCCCUAACUCUGGAGAGGAGACCCAGACUGAUGUGUGUGCUGUCGCAUCGUCAGUGGUGUGACCCCCCCCACUUCACAACAGGGCAUUAGGGAUUUGGCUCAGCAUAAUUACAUGAGCAUUAUCCUAAAGAACACGAGCCGCAGAUCCUGCUGUCCCUGAUCACGAUAGGCAUUUUGCAAGACCAUUUGCACUCAAGUUAUUUGGGCAUUUUUUUCUCUCCCUCUGAAGAGGCACUUUUCUAAGCAAUUUGAUUCCAGACACUGUCAGUCUCUUCUGGCAGUGUAAUUUAAAUCAAGAUAGGGAGAGCAAAUUGCACAUAGUUAAGUAAUGCUACCAUUGCUCCUGUUCCUACUGCCUGCUGGGUGACUCUCUCUGUCUUCUGGUUUUAUUCUCCUGGGAAUGCAGAGUUGUCCAGGACUAUUUCCUCAGCUGUGUGCUAUGACCCUAACAAGUGUUAAAAUGGUCACAUCCUUGCAGGAAUGUACGCCUGCAGCAAAGUUUCUGAUGAUGAUUUAUUUAGAUUUUCUUAUGAUUUUCGAUGGCUUUUGCGUGAUUUAGAGUGCAGAUGAGUUAACUGGAGGAGCUCAGAGACAAGCAGUUACCCCCAAUGGCUGGAGAUUUACAGAGUGGGAGAGAAGUGCCCCGCAUGUGUUUCUGGGUUGUUUGCUUAUUUUACCACAGGCUGCAGCCACCUCCCGUAGAAGGGACUGUCAACACAGCCACCAUCUAUACUGCUGUCAGGACACUUUUUAGUCUCUGAUUGAUAUUAGGCAAUUUUAAGACCAACUUAACUGGAUUAAAGGUGCAGGCUGCAGCACUAAGAGCCUUCAGAUGUCCUGAAGAACCCUGAUCUGGAAGGAAGGUGUUGCCUUUGGCUAUUGAGAGCUGGAGAGUCCUGCUAGACUUUGGCAUUUUUGUAGAUUCUAGAAGACCCGUAUGCUCACAUUUCACGUUAUUCCUCCAGAAACUGGUACUGGAGGGCUAACUGCAAUAAAAAGCCUGCUCCCUUCUUCUGUAA